GGUUGGCCACUGGUGGUGGGGGGCGCGUCUUGGACCCUGGAAAUUUUUUUGAGGGGCCGUGUCCGCUUCCCCUAAAACCUCCCCCAACGGCCUUUCGCCUGCCUGCGUGCUUUGCGCCCAUCGCUGCAUAACAUAGUUGCGGUUUUAUUUUGUGUUACCCCGGAUUUCUGGAAUUGUCGGGUCGUCAUCGUCGUCGUCGUCGUCGUCUUUGGGUGGGGUUGCUGUCUUCGUCCGUGUCAGUGCGUCAGUGUGUGUGUGCACGCGCCCGGGCCGGCACAGCUGUUUUUGGAGUCACUCACAGCAGAGAGAGAGGGAGAGAGAGGCACAGAGACCAUCGUCACCUGCUCAACUUUGGCAUCAUGGACCGUCUCUGAGGCGCCUCGGCGCAGACAACCACCAACAAGACCCUCCUCUCCCCGCGACUACUACCUAUCCACUCUCCUUCACUCUGACAGAGACACCCAUAUCUACCCACAAAAACACUCUUUACAAAGAACUGUUGCCUUGACGACAGACGACAUGGCUACGCCAUCCGACUUGCCCCAGAUGUGGGAGAAGCCCAGUUACGGCGCCCUCGUCGAUGCCCUCGCGGGCCUGGAGCUCGCGCCGCCGGUAUGGAGCCACGAUCGCCGCCGCGACGAUAUCCUCGCCGAGCAGGAGUCGCUCGCCACGCAACUCAAGGCCGAGACUUCUCGCUACCUCUCCUCCGUCAUCAAGAGCCCCCUGAACUGGCUCGCCCACGACGACGAGCGAGAGCACGUCUGGGAACUGGCCAGCCGGCGCAUGUCGGAGCGCUGCGGCCGCUCCGCCAUGGGCGACAUCACUCGGCGCUGGCCCUUUUCGCCCCGCGGCGACGCCCUUAACGGUAGCGAUGAGACUUCGUCCCCGAACCCGACCGCCCUGAUGGCCUCGUACGAGCCCUUUGAGCUUAUCAUCCGCGAGCCCGCGCUCACGGGGGACUCCCUCGGCUUCAAGACGUGGGGGUCCUCGUACGUCCUCGCCCAGCACUUGCCUCGCCUCGGUGCCACGUCCCUCUUCGGCUUCUUCGACGAGUCCCUGGGCCACUCGCCGCCGUCGGUUCUCGAGCUCGGGUCCGGCACCGGUCUGCUGGGCCUCGCUGCCGCGGCGCUGUGGAAGGUCCCCGUUGCGCUGAGCGACCUGCCCAACAUCGUACCCAACUUGAAGCACAACGCCGACGCCAACGCGGCCUUGGUGGAGGCCAGGGGAGGAUCUCUAGCGGUCGGUCCGCUGACGUGGGGAGGUGACGAGGAUGAGACUGACCAGGAGCUCUUUGGAACUCCUUUUCAGUUCAAGAUCGUCCUCGCCGCUGACCCUCUUUACGACGAUGAACACCCCACACUGCUGGCGUCCGCCAUCGGGCAGCACCUGGCGCUGGGGCCAGAGUCGCGCGCCGUCGUCAUGGUCCCGCAGCGGGACGCCACGACGGUGCGCCUACUCGCCGCCUUCAAGCAGGCCAUGCUUGACCUGGAGGCGCCACUAGCCUGCGACGAGGAGGACUUCCUGGCGGGCGAGGACGACUGGGAGGGUGCUGAGGAGGGCGGCGGCGUGCGCUGCUGGCUGGGCGUGUUUUCGAGGGGCGGCACGCCGAUGAGUCUUUGCUGACCUCCUGAUUUUUGCGUUUCUCGAUUUGACGAUUCGACGACCAGGACACAAGGGCGUAUUUGCAUUGUGAGCGGUGGCAAUAGAUGGUGCUAGACAUGACAACAUAGAGGGUUAGGAUAGACUAGCCUAUAGAGCGCAGCAAACUGCUUUUGUUCAGC